UGCGACCUUCAGGGAGAACAGGUAUAUUAGUGUGUGGUCACGCCUCCACUGCAUACCUUCCCAGCAGGAAGUUCAUAUAUAUAUAUAUAUACUGAGAUCAUUGCGGAGACUUACCACACAGAUUCGUAGUGAGACAACGACGACACAUCCUGGGACGACUCCCAGUCCUCGACGAUUUCCAGUGUUCAGUAACAGCCAGUGUUCGAUUCUCAGCGCUCAGUGCUACACCUAUUGACAACUUCUAGUACUUAAAGACUUACCUGCUGACGACUCCCAGCGCUCAACGACUCACCUCCUUACGACUUCCAGCGUUCAACGACCCGCCUGCAGACGGCUGUCAGCGCUCAACGACCCGCCUGCGGACGGUUGUCAGCGCUCAACGACCCGCCUGCGGACGGUUGUCAGCGCUCAACGACCCGCCUGGGGACGGCUGCCAGCGUUCAACGACCCGCCUGCGGACGACUCCCAGCGUUCAACGACCCGCCUGGGGACAGCUAUAAUCGAGCUGGGGGAGAGAUAAAAUGCGCGCCUGGACGGUGACGGUGGUGGUGCUGCUGGUGGCGGUGGGAGCGGCCAGUCAGAACUUCAACGGCCGCAGCAACUAUCCUUCACCGCUGUGCCUCUUACCUCCCAUCACUGGCAUGUGUCGCGCCCGCUUUAUCAGGUUCUUCUAUAACAGUAAUACCAACUCUUGCCAACAGUUCGUAUAUGGUGGAUGCGGAGGCAAUGAGAACCGGUUUACAUCUUUCCACACGUGCAUGUCAACCUGCGCCCCGUUCAGCUGGCACAACCAGCUGCUGUAAUAAGAUGAGACGAAGGCAACCAGCUGCUGUACUAAGGUGGACUGUGGAUCUUCAAUCAACUUAUCAACUAAUUCAUUCACCCCACCUGCCCCUUACAG